GAAGUGUAUCUGAUAUGUUACGACGGGGUAACCGAACGAUCAAUACUUGUGCUCUUCUUACUCGAUCUCGAUUAUUCUCUUGCUGCAUCUCAUGUAAUACUAAAUCCCAAGAAAAUCCGCGGCCAAGACGAAGGGAAAAAUCAUCACCUUCUUGUGCGGAGCGGUAACAAUGGCAGACCUCCCUUCCCUUCCUCACGACCUACAGGAGGCUGCCCUUAACGGGCCUGCUCUUGCUCCUCCUGCAGGCGUCACUCCGAACUUCGAUAACCCUCCUAAUAGUAAUGGGCUGGCAUAUGGUGUUAUCGCCGCGUGUGUUUCUGUUGCAACUAUUUGUCUCCUCAUCCGUGGCUAUGCGAGACUGUUCCUCUUCAGACAACUGAAGCCCGAAGACUAUAUGAUCGUUUUUGCUUACGGAACUUUUAUCUGUUGGACGGUUUUCUCACUACUGCUGUCUAAAACCCCUGGCUUCUUCGUCCAUCAGUGGAACCUUCACCUAAGGGCUAUGAUUGACACCGUCUUUUAUAUUCACUACGCUGGCGUUUUUUACUCAAUCACCCUUCCGCUUCUAAAAAUAGCUAUCCUGACGGAAUGGACUCGUAUGCUUGUCCCCAGGGGCACUCGCAACGUCUUCUGGUGGUUUUGCAACGGUGUUAUAGCUUCGCAAGUCAUGGCUAUGAUUGCUAUCGUAUUUGCCCUCUGCUUCGUCUGCAUCCCAUAUCAAAAGAUAUGGGAUCUUACACUCCCGGGUCAUUGCAUCAAUAAGCUUCACAUCGAUAUCGGGGCCGCUACUGUCCAUCUCACCACGGACCUUGUCAUAUUGUGUCUGCCGCAAAAGGUCAUCUGGGGUUUACAGUUAUCGCUUAGAAAGAAACUAGGUGUUUCUAUAUUCUUCUCUCUUGGUAUCUUGGCAUGUAUCUCUGCUGCUUUCAGGUUAGGUGUAACAGUGACUUAUGCAACCGAUCCGGACACCACGUACACCUUCGGCCCCGUGAUCUUCUGGGCUUUUGCCGAAAUGACCUGUGGAUUUAUAAUCGCAUGUUUACCGUCUACUCCGAAGAUUCUCAAGGACCACGGCAUCCUCCACAAGAUGAAGAGGAUGGCGAAGUCCUUCGUGGGUAUGAAGAACAGCACCCUGAGGAGCACGAAGCCUACUACAGGCACGGGGACCAAUCCAAACAGCACAUACCGGAAGAUCGACGAAUACGGUGUGCAGAUGAAAGACCUCAAGAAUUCGGAAUCUACGGAGCAACUUCGAGACGACUCGAUCAAAUUCGAUCAGGGCAUCGUUCGCACUACUCGUGUCACCAUCAAGCAGGAAUAUGUGGGCGAUGUUGGGAAGAACGCAGUGGAUCACAACGCCGCCUGGCGCAACUAAGACUAGGUACAUUGAUACCGGUAGGGGAACAGGAGUUGC